UCCAAGUCCCGGAAUCCGGAGCUGGACUGAUCGUUAUCACGCAUGGAUUAUGGUUUUAUCGCUGCUUUUGAUUUGUUUUUGCUUUAAAGGAAAGUUUAUCAGCACCUCUUUGCAGGUGGGCUGCGUUUCAGCAUCAGAGCCAUGAAUUGCUACUUGAUAAGAUGGGUUGCUUUCGUUUGGAUUGUGAACUCUGUUCCCUGUGCUUUUGGAAUGGUCGUGAGCGAACAAACAGGUGGUGUAUGUCCCUCUUUGAGUGUUGAGGAUUACAGAUUUUCUGAUGUUUUGGACCGUCCUUUACAGAUUACUGGAUUUGACCUCACAGAAAAAUUUCUUCUCCGAAAGGGAACAGUUACAGAAGACCUGCCAUCAUUUCGACUGGGAAGCAACCCUCUUAUAAAACCAACAAAAUCGAUAUUUCCAGACGGACUUUCAAAUGAGUAUUCCCUGGUCACCAUCUUCCGUGUGAGACGAACUACAAAAAAAGACCGCUGGUACCUUUGGCAAAUAUUUGACCAAUCUGGAAGCAGUCAGGUGUCAGUGGUGGUUGAUGGUGAUAAGAAAGCAGUGGAGUUUUCUUCCCAGGGUCUGCUGAAAAACUCUUUCCGCUACACGUUUAAGAGUCGUGACCUGCAUGCCCUCUUUGAUCGCCAAUGGCACAAGCUCGGCAUUUCUGUUCACAGCGACACAGUUUCCAUUUAUGUCGAUUGCACGCUGGCUGAAAAGAAAAUGACUGAUGAGAGGGACAGCAUCGAUCUCAAUGGGCGCACACUCAUCAGUACACGAGUGGAAGAUGGAAGGCCUGUGGAUAUUGAGAUGAGACAAAUUCUGAUCUACUGUGACCCUUACAUGGCUGAAAUGGAAAACUGCUGCGAGCUGCUUGAGCCAAAGUGUGGAGUCAACAAGACAUUUAUUGGGACCUCCCCUCCUCUGGUUACAGCCCAGAGUCCCCUGAUGCCGUCUCAGCCGACCUCACAAUCAAUUGACACAUGUCACUGUCCAGAAGAGAAGGAGGAUGCUGGUGUUCCAGGCGUGCUUGGACUGUUUAAACAAAACAGGGAAAAAGGGGACAAGGGGGAACUUGGAUCAGAAGGUCAAAAGGCAAUCGAUGGAGAGAGGGGGGACGAAGGCCUGGCUGAAAACCCAGGGCUGCCUGGCCCUCAAGGAGAUAAAGGAGAAAAGGGAUCAGCCGGAGUGCCGGGUCAGCCAGGCAAAGAGGGCAAGAGGGGACGGAGAGGAAAGCCGGGGGAGCCUGGACCAAGAGGCCCACCUGGUCCUUCAGGAACCGUAGAGGGAGCAAGUGCCAAGAGGGAGAAGGGGGAGUGUGGCGUCCCCGGGGAAAAGGGAGAGAGAGGAGAUCCCGGUCAGCCAGGUGCCGAGGGGACUGGCGGCGCGAAAGGACAAAAAGGCGAUGUUGGUCCUCCUGGUCCUCCUGGUUCUGUGAUGACAGCUCAUGGGUUAAGACAGCUCUCUGGAACUGAUGAAAGAACCCAGAAGGGCGAGAAGGGAGAUGAGGGCGAGAAAGGAGCUCAAGGACUGCCGGGCCUAAAGGGAAGCAUGGGACCUCCGGGACUGAAGGGAGAUCAAGGAUUGGAGGGAAAACAAGGUCUACCUGGAUCCACUGGGCUCCCUGGACUCCCAGGCGAUUCUGGCUUACCAGGGGAGCCGGGGGUGCCUGGGAGAGAUGGCCUGAAAGGAGAAAAGGGAGACUCUGGGGCAGUGAUUGGGCAGCAGGGGCCUCCUGGUCCUAAGGGGGAGCCUGGAGAACCUGGUGGUGCAUAUAUGAGUGAUGGGCUGUCUCUGAAUAGAGGGUCUCGUGGGCCGAAGGGUGAAAGAGGUGUGCCUGGAGUGCCGGGAGACCACGGCGAAAAGGGAGAACCUGGAGAGAGUAUCAUUGGCCCCGCGGGACCCCCAGGGAAGCCAGGAGCUGAGGGUCUCCGUGGACUACCUGGUUUAUCCGGCUCUCCUGGAGAUCCAGGAAGAGAGGGCUCCCCCGGUAGACCGGGUCCACCAGGCCCUGCUGGACCUCCAGGUGAACCAACUGCCCUGCCUAUCGUUGGAGACAUGGGUGCAUUACUUAAGAACGCCUGCAGUCUUUGCCAGACAAGAGUUCCUGGGCUGCCUGGGCAGAAGGGAGAGAAGGGUUCCCCUGGAGUGCACGGAGUGGAAGGCUUGGUGGGAGAAAAGGGGGAUCCAGGUGUAAGAGGUCCGAUGGGUAAUCCAGGAAAAGAAGGCCCAAAGGGUGUAAAGGGAGAGAGAGGCUUCCCAGGCCCCUCUGGAGACAAGGGUGAUGAGGGCCCUCCAGGAGCUCCAGGACUUCAAGGCGUAACAGGUCGAACAGGAGCCCCGGGACUUGUAGGUAGACCUGGUUCUAUGGGCCCACAAGGAUCAAAGGGAGAAAAGGGAAACGACGGAGCUCCAGGCAGACAAGGACUUCCAGGACCUCCAGGUGCGCCGUAUGUGGAGGGAAACGGGAUGAGCAGUCUGUACAAGCUACAGAGUGGUGGAGCUAUUUUAGGACCUCCUGGAGAGCCCGGUGCUCCGGGCCCAAAAGGAGAUGAAGGACCUGUCGGGGAACCAGGACCCAUGGGCUUACCCGGGCUCGAAGGGCUUCCCGGUGCCAAGGGCGAUAUCGGCCUGCCUGGCCCUCCUGGGACAUCAGGUCCGCCAGGGAAACCCGGAACACGCGGAGAGCCAGGGAUCCCAGGAGAGCCGGGCGAGAGGGGGCCCAUCGGAGAGACCGGAUUCCCUGGACCCGAGGGGCCUCAAGGUGUUUCUGGGAGGCCUGGAAAAGAUGGAACUCCUGGAUACAAGGGCUCCACAGGUACAUCAGGUGACAGAGGAUCCAAAGGUGAACGUGGUGAUCCAGGCAUUCCGGGAGAAAGAGGCGUUCAAGGUGAAAGGGGUCGCCUUGGCGACCCUGGCAUGGUUGGACCGAUGGGGCCACCAGGUGAAAAAGGAGAUCCUGGCCCCCCCGGGCAGCUGGGGAGUGUAAAACUCCUGGAUGAUCCCAGCUUUACAGAAGAACUCAAAAUCUUUAUCCAAAGUGAAGUAAUGAGGAUUUUUGAAGAGAAAGUGUCUGGCGCCGCCACACAACAGAAGACACCUGCCGGCAUCUUAGCUUCGCCUUUCCAAGGUCCUCCUGGACCCCCGGGCAAGGAUGGAUCCUCAGGUCCACCGGGAGAGCCUGGGCCACCUGGACCUCAAGGAUACCGGGGUCAGAAAGGAGAACGAGGACAGCUUGGUCUGGGGUUACCAGGAGAUCCAGGACCCACUGGGCCACCAGGGCCACCUGGGAUCCCUUCACGAGGCCCCCCUGGCUCUCCUGGGCCCCGUGGACCCCCGGGGAGUUGUGACCCGAAUGACUGCAUUCUUCCUACCUUGUAAGCAGAGAGCGGGAGCGUCAAAUGGUACGGUGCGCUCCGAGGACGGUUGUCAUCCAUGAUCUCCAAGCUGCAGCCACGGAGCAAAAAAAUAAAUAAAAAAUAGAUGACCUCGCUGUGUCUGACAGCUUCUGCAGCUCUGCUGUAUCAAACGGACUCAAACUGACCUCUUUUGUUCACUUCACAAUAACAUUUGGGUGCUGUGGGUGUUUUUUUUUUUGUUUUUUUUUCUAGGUGUGCUGUUAUGUUUUGUUUUGAAUGCAGCUGAAAACCUUUUGCAGUGCUGUACUUUGAAGUAUUUUUCUUGUCUUUCCAACUCUUACUGUGAUGCAAUGCAUUCCUUAUCGACUGAAGUUGUCUUUCAAGACCUAGAGAUAACUCCGUUUCGUCAGGUUCAGCCCCGGCUGAAUAACCUUAAUAAUUAUUUGUUUGCCUCUUUAACGGGCUUGCCGAUGCACUCUUCUUUUCUUACUCGGUUAAACUGGCUGUAGGUAAGUCUAAUUUUUAGCUGUUUGUUUAUGUGAGAGAGAGAGAGAGAGAGAGAGAGAGAGAGAGAGAGAGAGAGAGGUCAACUGAGUGAAUGUACUUAUUUUUCAGAAAAUGUAAGUAAAAUGUAACUAAAGCAGCCAGUUUGUCUGAUAUGGAAAUUAUUUAUUUUAAGUGUGCUCCUUAAGAAUGUAUUUAAAAGAUGGUACUAGUCAGCUAGAAAUGUAGCAUGGAAAACAUGUCAUUUUGUUUAGUAAUUAAGUUGUAAAGACAUGAGGUAAUACAUGUUUUAGUUGCUGAUAAGUUUCAAUGUUUCUGUUUCUUUGAAUUGAUGAGGUGUUUGUGUUUUUCUUUUUUUGUUUUUUUAAGAAUCUGUGGUAAAACUAUAGCUGAAGACGUCUUCCCAUUUUCUGUAAAUCGUGUGUCAUUACUGAGCACUUAUUAAGUUGCCAAAGCAUUU